AAAAUUGUACCAUCAAUUCUCUUUAUAUAUUGUUGCUAGCAACUUACACAUACCAUCAAUUGUUGCUAGACAAGUCCAUCCACUUGAGCAUAUACAUAAUUCAUUGCUAGCCCUUCCUUGAAUCCUUUAUCCAUCACUAUAUUGUUUCUUUUGCAGCUUUUAGAUUUCAGUAAUUAGAUGUCUUGCAAAAUUAGAAGAGUUGGUGCAGUUUCUCUCUGUAUAUUUAUCUUUUCAUUUUUGGCCACUUUUACUGCAACUAUCAGUACAGAAACUGAUAUUGCUUGCUUAAAAUCUGUCAAAGCUUCCUUAGAAGACCCUUUUGGUUACUUGAAUUCUUCCUGGAAUUUCAACAACAAUACAGAAGGUUUUAUUUGUAGAUUUACUGGUGUGGAUUGCUGGCAUUUUGAUGAAAACAAGGUCUUAAAUCUCAGACUCUCUGAUAUGGGACUUAAAGGUCAGUUCCCUAGAGGGCUUCAAAAUUGUACAAGCUUAACAGGCCUAGACUUAUCCAAUAACGACCUUUAUGGACAAAUUCCAUUUGAUAUUCAAAAACUACUACCGUAUGUUACUGUGCUUGAUUUAUCCUCCAAUAAUUUCUCUGGUGAAAUCCCAUUGAGCAUUGCUAAUUGCUCUAAUUUAAAUGUUCUUAGACUUGACCAGAACAGUUUAACCGGUCAUAUUCCACAAGAAAUUGGUUUGCUUAGUCGGCUCAAGACGUUUAGUGUUGCUUAUAAUUUGUUAUCAGGAGCAGUGCCCAAUUUUAAUUCUACAACCAUUGGUUCUGAUUCCUACGCAAAUAACAGUGGACUCUGUGGAAGGCCUUUAGAAAGAUGCAGAGAUCAUUUGGAGAAAUUCCACUGGCGAUUUGUUUAUUCAUUCAAAGAUGGGUUUGCUAUUGGCUACGCGGUUUCUUUGAUUUCUGCUAUAGUAAUUUAUGCUUCUUAUUGUGUACCUUGGGUGCAUAAGGGGACGAAGGAUGAGAGGAUCACAAUACCAACAAUGGUGAUGAUGAUGAUGAAGAGAAAAAGCAAGAAAACAGAGCUUGACCAUUUGGAGAGCUCGUCAACUCUGGAGUUUCUACUGGAGAAUGAGGUUUCUAUGCGGGAGAAUUUUGUUACAAGAAUGAGUUUUGAAGAGCUCAGCAACGCAACAGAAAAUUUUAGCCAAAAUAACAUAAUUGAAAAUGGAGAAACGGGGAUCAUGUAUAAAGCAACACUUCCUAAUGUUUGGUUUCUUGCAGUCAAGAAAAUCUAUAAUUCUCAAGAAUCUGAAGAACAUUUCAUAUCUGAAUUGAAGAUAUUAGGAAGAUUAAGACAUGACCACUUACUUCCACUCCUCGGAUUCUGCAAAGAAUCAAAUAAAAGGCUUCUGGUGUAUAAGUACUUAUCAAAUGGAAACCUUUUUGAUUGGUUACAUUCAACGGAAGACAAAAGAAAGACUCUGCAAUGGCCUUUAAGAAUGAAAAUCGCCGUUGGUUUAGCGAGAGGCUUAGCGUGGCUUCACCAUUGCUGCUACUUCCGUGUAGCUCAUUUGAACAUAAACUCAAAAUCUGUUUUGCUUGAUCAGAAUUUUAAGCCUAAGCUAUCAAACUUCGGAAGGGCGACACUUAUCAAUCCAAAUGAGAUAAACUCAAACAGGGGUUUUGUUAUGGAUAUUGAAUUUUGGGAAAGGUUUUUUCUUAAAGAAGAUGUUUUCAACUAUGGAAUUCUGCUGAUUGAGCUCAUUACAGGAAAAAAUGCUGCUACUUUAAACACUUCUGAUGGAAGCUUGGAUAAAUGGGUAAGCUAUCUUUCUUCCAAUAACUCUUAUUGUCUGCAUGAUUUCGUGGAUGAGCUUCUGAUAUGGCAAGGACAUGAUGAUGAAAUCUUUCAAUGUCUUCAACUUGCAUGUACUUGUGUUCAAGAGAUUGCAGAGCAACGGCCAAGCAUGCUUGAUGUGUACACGACAAUUAGCACUUUAGGAGGUAGAUAUGGUCAUAUAGAAAAUGAAGAGCAAUUUGUGCAAAGUGAAAUUAUAGAUGCUGCAUAAAUUUCCAAAAUGAUUAUAUCGAUGUGGAAAUAACAGGUUUGAACUUUGAUGGUUGCAAAAGAGUUGUUCUGUUACUCUGAUUUUAUUGUAUUUUUGAAGAGCCAAUCUUAUUGUCUCUUGAUUUGUUCAUGUUCUCUGAGUUAAUUUCAUUAGUCCACUGUAUAAUCUUAUUAAUUUCCAUACACAAUUAAAAAUAAUAUAAUAUAAUUACCCAAGGUGGUGAUGCAGUGGUA